GGCGUCCGGACCCCCCCGCGGCGCUGGAAUUCGCCCCCCCCCGUUAAUCCCGGUGGCACCAAAAGCGGCGAUUUUCGGCUCGUUGUGUAACGGAGCGAGCGCGGGGACCGCGACGGGGACCGGGACGGGGACGGGGACAGCACGGAGAGCACAGUGUCCCCGUGUCCAGUGGUGUCCCCAGCCCAGCGGUGUCCCCGUCUCCAGCGGUGUCCCUCUGUCCAGCAGUGUCCCUGUGUCCAGUGGUGUCCCCAGCCCAGCGGUGUCCCCGUCUCCAGCGGUGUCCCCAGCCCAGCGGUGUCCCCGCGAUGCCGUUCGGGGCGGUGCUGGCGCAGGUCGGGGGCCUGGGCCGGUUCCAGGUGCUGCAGACGGCGCUGCUGGCGGUGCCCAUCCUGCUCAUGGCCAGCCACAACCUGCUGCAGAACUUCACCGCCGCCGUGCCCCCGCACCGCUGCCGCGUCCCCGCUGUCCCCAGCGCCACCCCUGCUGGCCACGGUGCCACCCCAGCACCACCCGGAGCCACCCCCAAUGCCACCUCAGCGGCCCCUCGUGGCACCUCGAGAGGCUCCGACACCAUCCUGAGGUCUCCUGGUGGCACCUCGGGGUCACCUGGUGGCACCCUGAGGUCCCCCAGUGGCGUCCACAGCCCCGGUGCCACCCAUGUCACACUCGAUGGCACCGCGGGGUCCCCCGAUGGCACCAGUGUCCAGCCUGAUGCCACCUGGGGGUCCUCCAAUGGCACCCUGGGGCCCACUGGUGCCACGCCGGGGUGGUCCAAUGUCACCCUGGGGUCUCCUGAUGUCACCCUGGGGUCCUGCCGGCGCUAUGUGGCCAACGUCACCGGUGGUCCCCGCGCCACCGAGCCGUGCCGUGACGGCUGGGACUACGACCGCAGCAUCUACGUGUCCACCAUCGUCACCGAGUGGGACCUGGUCUGUGGCUACCGGCAGCUGCGGCAGAUGGCCCAGUCCAUCUACAUGGCCGGGGUCCUGGUGGGCGCCCUGGUCCUGGGGGGCCUCUCAGACAGGUUUGGGCGCAAGGCCAUGCUGAUGUGGUCCUACCUGCAGCUGGGGGUGAUGGGGACGUGCACGGCCUUCGCCCCCAACUACGCCUCCUACUGCGUCUUCCGCUUCGCCGGCGGGAUGGCGCUGUCCGGCUUCGGCCUCAGCAUCGCCUGCCUGGUGGUGGAGUGGAUCCCUACGCCCUACCGCGCCAUCACCGUGGCCAUCACCGGCUUCGCCUACAUGGGCCAGAUCAUCCUGGCCGGGGUGGCCUACGCCGUCCCCCACUGGCGCUGGCUCCAGCUCUCCGUGUCCCUGCCCUUCUUCGUCUUCCUCUUCUACUCCUGGUGGUUGGCAGAGUCGGCGCGGUGGUUGGUGCUCUCGGGCAAGGCCGACCGGGCAGUGAAGGUCCUGCAGCGCGUGGCCGCCUUCAACAACCGCAAGGAGGAGGGGGAGAAGAUCACGGUCGAGAUGUUGAAGUCCAACAUGAAGGAGGAGUUGGCAGCUCUGAAAUCCUCCUACACCGUCUCCGACCUGGUCCGGACCCCCGUGAUCCGCCACAUCUUCUUCUGCCUCUCCAUCGUCUGGUUCUCCAUCAGUUUCUCCUACUACGGCUUGGCCAUGGACCUGCAGAACUUCGGGGUCAGCAUUUACCUCAUCCAGGUGAUUUUCGGCGCCGUUGACUUCCAGCCAAGGUGUGGUGACCGUGUCCUGAGCUACGUCGGCCGGCGGCUCUCUCUCACGGUGGCCUUGUUCUUGGCGGGGCUGGUGGUCGUGGCCAACAUCUUUGUGCCCACAGAGCUGCAGACGGUGCGCACAGCGCUGGCCGUCAUCGGCAAGGGCUGCCUGUCCGCCUCCUUCAACUGCGUCUUCCUCUACACCACCGAGCUCUACCCCACCCCCAUCAGGCAGACGGGGCUGGGCUUCGGCAGCACCAUGGCGCGCGUGGGCGGCAUCGUGGCGCCGCUGGUGAAGAUGAUGGACGAGUACUACCCCUUCCUGCCCCCCGCCGUGUACGGGGUGGCCCCCGUGGUGGCAGCCGUGGCGGCCGCGUUCCUGCCCGAGACCCUCAACACGCCCCUGCCCGACACCAUCGAGGAGGUGGAGAACAGGACCAAGCGGAAGCCAGCAGCUGACCCCAAGGAGAAGAUCGCGCUCCAGCCCCAGGACGGGCCCCCCCUGAAGGAGGCCUGAGGGACCCUGGGGGUGGGCACAGCGCUCCAGCCCUGGCCACCAGUGGCCACCACCCCAGGGGUCCCCACAGCUCGAGGGGGAGACCUCGAGGUCGUGACUGGUGACCUCCUGCUGGGAUGGGGACAUCUGGGCAGGAAUAAAACAGCUCUGGUGGGGA